AUGACCCAGGAGGAGAUACGCUCUCUCUUCUCUUCGAUAGGCGAAGUUGAGUCAUGCAAACUCAUACGAGACAAGGUUACAGGUCAAAGUUUGGGAUACGGAUUCGUGAACUAUGUUUGCGCCGAGGCCGCCGAAAAGGCGAUCAACACCCUCAACGGACUGAGACUACAAAACAAGACGAUUAAGGUUUCCUACGCCCGCCCCAGCAGCGAGGCUAUAAAGGGAGCGAACCUCUAUGUCAGCGGACUUCCAAAGUCAAUGACACAACAAGAUCUCGAACAGCUCUUUGCGCCCUACGGAGGCAUAAUUACCUCCCGAAUUCUCUGCGACAAUAUCACUGCGGGACUUUCCAAAGGCGUCGGCUUCGUGCGCUUCGACCAGCGCGUGGAAGCCGAGCGAGCCAUCAAGCAUCUUCACAAUACGAUUCCUGAGGGUGCGACAGAAGCGAUUACGGUUAAAUUCGCUAAUAAUCCGAGUAACAACGCCAAGGCCAUUGCACCCCUGGCGGCAUACCUUUCUCCGCAGAGACGGUUCCCUGGGCCCAUCCACCAUCCUGCCAACCGAUUCAGGUAUGGCCUUCCACCGCUCUCUGCGGCUGCCGCAUCGCCACUCGCAUCGAACCCUUCGGCCAGGUACUCUCCUCUUGCCGGUGACAUUCUCACGACUCCUUUACUCGCGGGUAACGCGAUAAACGGCACAGGCUGGUGUAUCUUUGUAUACAACCUGGCUCCUGACACUGAGGAGAACCUCCUAUGGCAGCUCUUUGGCCCGUUCGGCGCCGUACAAAGCGUUAAGGUUAUCCGCGAUCUCCAGACCAACAAGUGCAAGGGAUUUGGAUUUGUUACUAUGACCAACUAUGAUGAAGCCGUGGUUGCAAUCCAGACUCUGAACGGAUACACCUUGGGUAACCGAGUUCUCCAGGUGUCCUUCAAAACGAACAAGGGCAAAUCCUAA